AUGUUUAGAGAUGAAGAUGAAGCUCAAUCACUGGCCAGAGAUACAAGCUUUUGGGAUAUUAACAAGUGGGCUAGGUUGUUUGAAACAGGUUUCUUGGACGUAGAUAUCCAUAUUAUCAUUGCAGAGGGGAUGGUGAGAGUGAUGAACUGCUUCAUGCUCGAGAUGGGCUCUUCUCAUUUCGUGAUACAAAAUCCAAAGCAAAAAUACGUUGAGCCGAUACGGAAAACCAAUGAACAAAGCGGAGGCAACGAUGCCAAAUCUCAAUUUAUAGAGGAGGCAACAGAAGCAAAUGUGAUAACAGAGAGCGCCAAGAGAGUUCUCGAAAAGAGGAAGAACCAAUCAUUGCUACUGGAAAUAGAGUCAUAG